GUUGGAUAAAUUAUUCACCUGUUCCGUUUUGAUCGUUACGGACACAGCUUCAACUACCUCAUCCUCCCUGCACGGCAUGCACGAUCACCAUAACCACAACCAUAGCCAUAGCCAUAACUGCACCUGAACUAAACCACGCUCACAUGGCGUUAUCUUGGCCGCACGUGCUGCAGUUUCGGUCUCAACCUUUGCUCGGACAUGCUAACUGCGUGUUCUUCUCCGAUCUCCCCGAAUCCCGCUCUCUAGAACUCUCGUGCAGUGAUUCCUACACUCUGCUUCGCCGGUGCAAGAUCUCCGGUCAUUCUCCGGCGACGGUGAAACCGGCGGUGAAAUGCCUCAGCAGAUCUACGGAGGAGAAGCAAUGGAGCGACGCCGAAACCGCCGUAUCCGACUCGGACGAAGUUGCUGAUGAGCCGAAUGACCAGGAACGAACUUCCGCUCCGACAAAUGGUCGCUUUGAGUCGCAGAGGAUUGCUACCACUUCUUCCGGCGAUUCUCUCUCUCUCGGAAUUCGAGAACCGGUUUAUGAAGUUGUUGAAGUGAGGUCUAAUGGGAAAGUAUCAACUAGAAAAAUCAACAGGAGACAACUGUUGAAGUCAAGUGGUCUUCGUCCACGGGACAUUCGAAGUGUGGAUCCUUCAUUGUUUAUGACAAAUUCAAUGCCUGCGUUGCUGGUCCGGGAGUAUGCUAUACUUCUAAACCUGGGUUCACUACGAGCAAUAGCAAUGCAAGAUUGUGUACUUAUAUUUGACAAUAAUGGUAUAGGAGGGAAAGCGUUUUUAGAGACAUUGCUGCCUCGAUUGAACCCCAAGAUCAACAACGGAGGGCCAUCGAUGCCCUUUGAACUUGAGGUUGUUGAAGCAGCAUUGCUUUCAAGAAUACAGCGAUUGGAACAGAGAUUGAUGGAAUUAGAACCUCGUGUACAAGCUCUUCUUGAGGCAUUGCCAAAUCGGUUGACUGGUGACAUAUUGGAGCAGCUUCGUAUUAGCAAACAAACUUUGGUUGAGUUAGGUUCUAAGGCAGGAGCUCUCAGACAGAUGCUGCUUGACCUUCUGGAGGAUCCCCAUGAAAUACGCCGUAUAUGUAUCAUGGGAAGAAACUGCACACUUAGUAAAGGAAACAAUGACAUGGAAUGUUCAGUGCCUUUUGAAAAGCAGAUUGCUGAGGAGGAGGAGGAGGAAAUAGAAAUGCUUCUGGAAAAUUAUCUUCAAAGAUGUGAAUCUUGUCAUGGUCAAGCUGAAAGGCUUCUUGAUUCUGCAAGGGAAAUGGAAGAUUCUAUAGCUGUCAGUUUGAGUUCACGAAGGCUUGAGGUUAGCAGAGUAGAACUGCUUUUGCAGGUUGGAACAUUCUGUGUGGCAAUAGGUGCCCUUGUAGCAGGUAUAUUUGGCAUGAACCUGAAGUCCUAUCUUGAGGAACAUGUGUUGGCAUUUUGGCUGACAACAGCGGGGAUAAUUAUUGGUGGCAUUAUUGCUUUCUUUCUAAUGUAUUCCUACCUCAGGGCUAGGAAAAUAUUUUGAUUGGAAGAAACUUCAAAAUUAGGUGAUGUCAGGUUGUGAACAAUAGUAAGCACCCAACAAAUGCAGUGAUUUACACGACCGAUGAUCAAUCAUCCAAAAUGGCUUCGACCGUAUGCAUGAUGGUACUCACAUUACUGAGCGGUAACGAGCAUUAGUUUUUAUUCUUGUUUUGGAGAGAGAGAAGGGGGGGGGGGGGGGGGGGGGAUACAUUUUUUCUUAUUCUUGAGUUAAUAAUGUAUAUGGCUAUGACAGUCAUGACAGAUUGUCAGCCUUCUAGAGAUCGUCCGACUAUUGUCUAUGUGGGGGUGUGUCUUGUGUACACUAAAACAUUAUUCAACUUACAAUGUUAUCUUUAGGUUCAAGGCACUCCAUCAUAAAGGUAGUUGAAUGCAGACUUCAAUCAACAUUUUA